CGGCUGCGGGGCGCCCAGCGCGGGGCCGGGAGCGCGAUGGUCAGCCGCCGCGGCGCGGCAAGAUGCUGGAUGGGCCCCUGCUGGCGCGCUGGCUGGCCGCGGCCUUCGCGCUGACGCUGCUGCUCGCCGCGCUGCGCCCCUCGGCCGCCUACUUCGGGCUGACAGGCAGUGAGCCCCUGACCAUCCUCCCGCUGACCCUGGAGCCGGAAGCAGCUGCCCAGGCACACUACAAGGCCUGCGACCGGCUGAAGCUGGAGCGCAAGCAGCGGCGCAUGUGCCGCCGGGACCCCGGUGUGGCUGAGACGCUGGUGGAAGCGGUCAGCAUGAGUGCUCUCGAGUGCCAGUACCAGUUCCGGUUUGAGCGCUGGAACUGUACGUUGGAGGGUCGCUACCGGGCCAGUCUGCUCAAGCGAGGCUUCAAGGAGACAGCCUUCCUUUACGCCAUCUCCUCUGCUGGCCUGACGCAUGCACUGGCCAAGGCGUGCAGUGCAGGCCGCAUGGAGCGCUGCACUUGUGAUGAGGCCCCUGACUUGGAGAACCGAGAGGCCUGGCAGUGGGGUGGCUGCGGGGACAAUCUCAAGUACAGCAGCAAGUUCGUCAAGGAGUUCCUGGGUCGGCGGUCUAGCAAGGAUCUGCGAGCCCGUGUGGAUUUCCACAACAACCUCGUGGGUGUGAAGGUGAUCAAGGCUGGGGUGGAGACCACAUGCAAGUGCCACGGCGUGUCAGGCUCGUGCACCGUGCGGACGUGCUGGCGGCAGCUGGCGCCUUUCCAUGAGGUGGGCAAGCGCCUGAAGCACAAGUACGAGACAGCGCUCAAGGUGGGCAGCACCACCAAUGAGGCCACCGGCGAGGCCGGCGCCAUCUCACCACCGCGGGGCCGGGCCACAGGGACGGGUGGUGGCGACCCACUGCCCCGCACUCCGGAGCUAGUGCACCUGGACGACUCACCCAGCUUCUGCCUGGCCGGCCGCUUCUCCCCAGGCACUGCCGGCCGCAGGUGCCACCGUGAGAAGAACUGCGAGAGUAUCUGCUGCGGGCGUGGUCACAACACACAGAGUCGGGUGGUGACCCGGCCUUGCCAGUGCCAGGUGCGCUGGUGCUGCUAUGUGGAGUGCAGGCAGUGCACCCAGCGCGAGGAAGUCUACACCUGCAAGGGCUGAGCCCCUGUGCCUGGCCAGGCUGCUGCAGGGGUGCAGGCAGUGUGUGCAAUGUGAGGGGUGUACACCUGCAGGGGCUGAGCCCCUGGGCCUGGCCAGGCUGUUGCAGGGGUACAGGUGGUGUGUGCCAUGUGAGGGGUCUAGACCUGCAGGGGCUGAGUCCUUGACCCGGGCGCCCCCAGUAUACUUGGUUAUAAGGCAGGGGCAGAGGCCAGGGAGUUGGCUGGGUUGGCCAUCUCUGCCCUUUUAUCUCCCCAUCUCAAAGGCCUUGUCUGACCUCUGCAUCUCCUCUGUUUGUCCCUCCCCAUGACCUGAGAGCUUUGCACAGAUGCUUUCCAAGCUGUGUCCCCCUGAGUCACCAGGUGGCCCUCCUGCGCUGGGUGCCCUCUGAGGAGCAGUGGGCACACCUUCGUGACCACACGGCCUCUGUGUGAGCUGCCUGUGGCCUGUCCUGCACCAGCACUGGCUUAGAGUCAAACCACUAGGGUAGAGAGCAGAUGCCUGGCUGCCCAGGUGCGGGGGUUCUACUGCCGGCCCCCUCUGACAUCGAGUACUUCUCUUUGGAGUGAUAUCAGUGACUUUUAAGUUAUUUUUAUUUAACUAAUAUAUAAUUAUUAUUUUCUCCAUCCCUGCAGUCUCCUAGGCUGUGGCUCCUCCCCCUCUCAGCAGAGCCUCGCCUGGAGGGGCCCCUUUCUCCCUCCCCUCCACGCCCCCUCCUAAACUGUUCGCCUGAUCUGCUUUGUCGUUUGAAACCACUAAAUCCAGAGAGACAUGCUGUCAUUGUUUUUGAAGAAGUAAAGCAGGCUGUGUCUGGCCACCACCCUCAGGGUUUCUGGAAGCCAGGUCCCAUGGUCCAGGCCGGCUACCCAUAGCAAGGCUGACCUGGGAAGUGGACGGGCCCUGCUCUGCACCCUGCGGGCACGUGGCUCCACACUCUAGCCUCCUCAAUGCAGAUUCUGGGGCUGGGGGUGGCAGAAGGUGGCCUGUUCUCCCCCAGAGGUGGGCAUGGGCAGAGGGGCAGGGCCAGCCCCUUGGAGGUUCAUUUCAUGAGGAAGGCACAGCUUGCUCUCUGUCACUGUGGGGGAGGCAGGGCGGGGACAGACAUGGGUGGAGAGAGUCUAGGUUAGGAUGUGGCAAAUGGAAGGCCGUUCUCCUUGGCCAUGCUGUUGAUUUUGCAGGGAAGGGAAAAGGAUGGCCAGCGCUGACCUGAUUUGGUUUGAGGGUGUGUGCACACAUGUGUGCAUGUGUGUAUGCAUGCGUGAGUGUGUGGUGUGUGUGCAUGAGCAUGUUUGAUUGUGUGCAUGCAUGAGUGUACAUGUGUGUGAGUAUGUGAUGUGUGUAUGCAUAAGUGCAUGUGCGUGAGCACGUAUAUUAUCUGCAUGUGGUGUGUGUUCACGCAUGAGAAUGAGCACAUCUGCGCAUGGGUGUGCAUGUACGUACACGGAUGCAUGUAUGCGUGUGACCAUGUGCACAUGUUUGUGCAUGUGUGGUGUCUGUGCUUUGCGUGUGCAUGUGUGAGCAUACGUGUGUGCGUGCACGCAUGUGCGUAAGCAUGUCUGCAUGUGUGUGGUGUGUGUGAUCAUGCACACUGUGUUGGGUUGUGGUCAGUGGUUGGUUGGGGUGUGGCCUCUGCCCUGUGCCCUUCCUAAGUGUGGAGCUCUACUUCCCAUGUUGGUGGGGCCUCCAGCCCUGGGCCCAUCCUGCUCAGCUCUAUGACUGUGCCCCGAGGGUGUGCACUGGGGUUUGGGCAAGCGCAGAGCUGGGUGGCAGCGUGGACACGGGAACUACUGAGUGAAGGGAUUCCUCGGAGUCCAGGGGGGCUUCAGGAACCCUGGGGACUGUGUUUUUAAAAGAAAACCUAUUUAUGUGGAUGUGGGUCUCUUUGUCCCUGUUUUAUAGUGUAAAUAGUAAAGUUUAUUCUCCUGUGGUUCAGAGAACAGCCCCAUGAAUAAGUGCAUGCUGACAGAGUGGUGCAGCCAAGGCACGUCCCCUGGGAGGGGACAGUGGACGAUGUGGGUCUGCCCCUCAGUCUCCUUCACGCCUGGCUGGAGAGGGUGAGGAUAGGCUGGGGUGCAUCCCAGUUGUCCCCAAGCAUUCCCACCUGCACGCAGACCUGGCCAUGCUUCUAUGACAAGACUGUAGCUCGGUCACUACUGGGUCUGGAAAGGCGGCAAGUCAGAGGAAGGAUUUUUUUUAAUCAAAUACCACAUUUAGCUCUAUGUCAUAAAUAUUAAGAAAAGUAUUUUUUUAAACAAGGCAGAUUGAAAACGUCUGCUGGCUGGUUUGUUUAUACAUAAAUAUAUAUCAAAAUGUCUUGCUAAGCAAAGAAACAACUCCCGCUGACGGAGCCUCUCAUUAACAUGCUUCUCUCUGUGCAGCAGAGGAUCUCUAAAAGAAAACAUGUUCUGUGGCGGGGUCCAGAUCCCCCGACCCCCCCAGGGCCGCAGGGGCAGAGCCAUGCUGAGGGCCAGGCGGGUCCCGGCCACCUGCUCUCUUCUCAGCAUGCACAGACGUGACUCCGAGCUUGGUUAGGCCAGGUCCAGGCGGGCGGGAGGAGAGGGGCAUUCACACACGAGAGAAGUCUUGUGUGAGCCUGUUGAUUUCUCUACCUCAUCUGUAUAGCGAGUAGGUGUGUACUCGAGUGACUUGGAGAAUGUAUUUAUUUAAUGGCCUUGUGUAACAGAACAGAAACAAAUGGAAACACUAAAUAAAUGUAUUUUUAAAUUAUAG